UUUCUCUACUUGCAGUUGCAGAGUAAUGAUAUAAGCUUUAUGCAACUUUGCAUUUGAUUCAAUCAUUACAUCUUACACUCAAUUUCCUCCCAAACUGUCUCUGGAGGUCUUUUGCAUAAUGGCAUCCACUGGUGAAAAACUUCAUUUUCUGUCUAAACUAGUGGAUCAAACAAAUAAAGUAUAUAAUUCCAGCAGAAGAAGACUCCAGACUGUUAAAAACUCUCCGUUACCGGACCUUAUUCCUAAAGAUUUAGGCAAAGUUUCACUCGAAGCGCCUGAGUCCAUUUCUGGGAAGUUCCACCCAACUUUUCCUAUUUUGGCAGUGGCUGUAGCAGUCUACUUGGUUGUUGGCACCUUAUGCUUUUACGUUUUCAUAAACGAUGUCCAAGGGGAGAAAUCAAACGAAAUGUUCGAUGCUCUAUACUUCACUGUUGUGACUAUGACCACGGUAGGAUAUGGGGACUUAGCGCCCGGGGCUCCUCACGUCAAGCUUUUCAGCUGUCUAUUUGUUGCUGUAGGCAUGAUACUUGUCGGAACAAUAACGUGCAAAGUAGCAGAUUACAUAGUUGAGAAGCAGGAAAAGAUGCUCGUUAAAGCCCUGAGCAAGCAAGAAAAAUAUGAUCCAUUUAAGAUCGUCAAGGAGACUGCAACCAACAAAAUUAACUACAAGUGUAUUGGGGCCACGGCUGUUCUUUUGAUUUUCAUGUUAGUUGGAGUCAUAUACUUAAACUCGAGUCAAAAUUUGCGAUUGGUUGAUGCCAUCUAUUGUGUCUGUACAACCAUUGCAACCGUAGGCUAUGGAGAUAAAGCCUUCUCGGAUGUUGGUGGGCGACUUUUUGGUGCAGUUUGGAUACUGACUGGCACUUUUGGUACGGGCCAGUUCUUCCUGUACAUGACUGAGGAAUUCGUCGAAAACAGACAAAAGGCGCUUGUUAACUGGAUUCUUACCAGAGGGAUGGUCAAUCUAAAUACAAACAAAGCCGAGAUUGCGGAGUUUACUGUGCAUAAGCUUAAAGAAAUGGGGAAGAUUAGCCAAGAAGAUAUCUCAUGUUUAAUGAAAGAGUUUGAGGAUCUUGAUGUUCGGCAAUGUGGAUUCUUGUCGGCGUCUGACCUAGUGUUCGCUCAAACGAAGAGAUGAUUUAAGCUAUCAAGUAUCAGAUUUAUACAACUAUAAAAUAUUCAAAAUGUCUAUAUAUGUUGCCUCUCCUUCUUUUGGAGCUCUUGUUUGAUAUCUCUUACAGGCAAGCCUUUACAUUUGAUUGUUUAUAUAUGUUAAUGAAAAUGUCCGUUUGUCUUUGUUUUAACAUAUCCUCAACAACUCCCUUUUAUUAGUUACUUUACCAUGCUGUAAAAACUAUUGUUGAAGUAAAUUCGGUUGCAUGAAAAGUUAUAGCUUUAUUA